AUGUUGCUUUCAAAAGAAAUUCUGUUUUCCUGUUUUAUCAUUAUUGUUGCAGUUCUCGCUUAUGGAUUCGCAAACUUUUUAAUGUUUCUGGGUAUUAAUCGGCGUGUCUAUAAUUUUCUGCCCGGUGAGUGCUCGGUGGCGGGCGCUUUUGAAGAUGGGAUCAUGGAUUUGGACUCGAGUUUCCAAGGAACCGUUAUUAUCACCACGGGAAACGGUCUUAACGAUGAGGUCCAAUCGGCACGAGCUGGCGGAAUCUUUGGUCUAUCGACCGACAAUCGAAGCUCAUGGGAAUUAUCAAGAUUGGGAGGCCCGAUAAAAGUCAAUGUUGGCCAUUUCGCCCUCGCUCACACCCUUGGACCAAAAAACCAUAAUCUUCAAAGAUUAUUUCUCAUCAACAACCACAAAAUUGGCUCAUCGAUUGAGCAAUACGUUCUACGAGAGGAAAUGAAAAUGCUUGAACAUGAGAAAACGAUCAAAAGCAAAUAUUUCAAAAAUAUCCAUGAUUUGGCUGGUGUUGACGGGAAUCGUUUUUAUGUGACACGAUACACGACAUCCAAUGAUUUGAUGGCACAACGAUUUGAGAAACUCUUUUCCAUGGAAUGGGGCCAAAUUUUAUUCUACGAUGGACAAGAGACGAGAAUUGUUGAAUCGCGAAUUUCUACUCCUGCCGGAGUUGUCUUUGAUCCGCUGAGAAGAUAUCUCUUUGUUUCCUCGCACAUGAGCGAAAAACUGAUCGUCUACCAGGUGCUUGGGAACUACAAUCUACAGAGAAUCAAGGAAAUCCCACUGGAUACAGCUCCUUAUUCCUUAUGGAUGGACAUCGAUGGAUCGUUGAUCGCCACCGCACACCCAAUCAAGUUCAAGCACUUCUAUUACGAGACAAACCCCAGUGCAAACCACUCGCCAACUCAAGUCAUCCGAAUCCUUGCCAAGCCGCGUUCAAAUCGAACAACGAGAAUUGAUUAUCUUUAUGCGAACGACGGAGCUUCGUUGAGUGGAGCAACAAUUGCAAUGAGAACUGCAAAUCAACUCCUUCUUGCCAGCCCAUUUCAAACGCUGAUCUCAUGCGAGCUUCCAAUGCAAAUGAAUCAAAAAGGAAAGAGA